AUGGCCCGGCCCGCCAAAAACGCCCAAAGUAAUUCUGGCAAAAAGCUGACACAAUCGGUCCUCAGAUUAGAUGGAAGCAAUUCCGCGCCUCGCAAGUGCCAUGCAUGUGGCAUGUCGUUUUCGCCCUGUAUUCCAAGCGAUAACAAUUUGCAUGAGAAGUAUCACACCCUGCAUCUGAAUGGACGAAAGUGGUCAUUGAAGUGGGGCGACAUUGUCGAAAGGUACCACUUAAGCAGGGAGAGUAAUGAAGUACCUCUCACGGACCCACGGCUGGCCAAAAAACGUGGUAUGUGGCUUCGCUCCAGCCUUAGCCCAACUUUGAACCAUGAUUAUAUUGUGCAUAUCUCUGCAUCUAGGAAGAAUGAGGUUAUGGCCACUUUGGACAUUAUGAAGAUAGUAAACGACGAGCUUAGGGCUCCACAGAAUGAAAAUCACUUCUGGAGUCAUCUUUAUGAGCGGGAUGGUAUUAAUGAAUAUGAAGGGCAAAAUACGCCCACUGGGGCAGCGUUUGUGUAUGUGAGCAACAAAAGGGCAGUCGGGGUUAUAACUUUGGAAUAUUUGAAUCCACGAGACGAGCGCGGAAGAUGGAUGAUAUACGAUACCGCAGGCAUUGUAUCAAAUGUGAAGCCUUCUUUUAAACUUGGAAUUUCCCGGAUUUGGGUCUGUAAGGAACAAAGAGGACGCGGCAUUGGUACGAGACUUCUGGAAGCUGCAAGAAAACACGCAGUUCCAGGUACCGAACUCGAAAAACUGGAUAUAGCUUGGAGCCAACCAAGCGAGAGCGGAGGAAAAUUAGCAAAAAGCUAUAACAGUGUGGUACAUCAAAAGAGUGGUAAAGUUCUGAUACCCUGCUACGUAUGA